AUGCCACCCUCCCCGCCGUCGAACACGCUGCUCAUCACCGACCUGCGCCGCCCCGCGCUCUUCCAGCCCGCGCACCUGGCCGCCGUACGCACCCGCCUCGCCGCCGUCGCCCCGCUCAACUCGUUCGCCGCGCUGCCCGCCCUGCGCCGCAUCGUGUGCUCGUUCGCCACCGCCGCCGCCGCCGUGCGCGCCCGCCAGCUCCUCGAGACUGACGACGGCCUCGACCUCGAUCUACGCGCCGCCCGCAUCUACUUCGGCGCGCCCACACCCGUCGCGCACGACGACCCCGCCGCCGCCGCUGCCCGCCGCCUGCUCGACGCCCCGCUCGCCGACAAGCUGUUCUUCAUCAGCCCGCCGCCCAGCCCGCCGCACGGCUGGGUCGUGCGCAACGAGCACCCGCCCAACAAGGACGUGCACGCCGCCGACCUGGCCGCCGCCCUCGCCUGUCUGGACGCCCGCGCGCCCGCCUGCCCUGCGGCCAAUCCGCCCCAGACCCCGCGCUCCGACGACGACCAGGACAACGACAACAACAACAACAGCGACGACGACGUCUCGCCCACCGGCUCCAACACCACCACCCUGAUCUACCACCCCGGUGCCCACGGCUGCUGCCCGACCCUGCCCGCCGUCAUGGUCGAGGACACCACGCUCGUUGCGGAUGAGAUGCUCGGCGUCGGCCCCGUCGAGCUGCCGCACCGCCGCAUUCUGGCCCACACCCCGCGCCCGCCCGUCGAGCUGAUGCCGUGA